AUGGAGCCCAUCACGAGGCUCCGCCGGAAAGGCGUGCCUGGAGGUGCUCCCACCCGGCCACGAGGGUCGGCUCCACGGCAGCGUCAAGGCCGCGGCAAGGCGCCUCCAGCAGCUCGGGGCCGAAGCCCUGCGAUCCAAGCUCCGAGCCCGGAGCCAGGCCGGCCAGGAUGGGAUGAGGAUACACGUGCACCGAGCUUGUUCGACACUCGCCUACGUAGGCACAUCUUCCAACCCUACAGCCGCGCAGCGAUUGAGAGUGUGAUUGCCGGGCCACGACCACGAAGGGCGCCCUCCACCCAAGCUCCACAGGCUCCCCGCACGGCGCAGCCGUUCGCCCAUAAACCGGGGCAGCUGCACCGACGACUGCAGAGCGGUGUUCUUCCUGGCCAGCCUUCUCCACAGAGGGUGAGAAUUCCGGAGGCCGAGGUGACAUCUGAGGCCCCAGAAGUGAAGCAGGUGAAAAUUGAGCCAUCUGAGCCUUACGGUUGGCCGCCUCCUAUGUUGCCACUGCAGAUGCUGGAGCCGGCACCUGCGCCAGAAGAGCUGCAAGUGACACACCUGCAGAGAAAGCGAGCUGUAGCCAGUUUGGGCGAGAAGCUGGCCAUUCUUUUGCCAGAUGCAAGAUCUGAAGUCAAGAUCACUGGGCAGGUUCUGUUGGUUCCGCCAGUGGAGACACACGCAUCCAUGGCACAUAGCGUUGUGGCACAUAGCCGUGUGGCGCGUAGCCCGUUGGCCAGGGAGCCCGAGCCGGCGAUCAAGUUGGUCCCUGCACCCACCAUGCCAGCCAAAGUGCAGAGCUUGUCUCAGAAGCUGGCGGCACUUCUUGGGCCUGAGCCCCGUCCCUGCAACUCGCCGCAGCGGCGGCGAGACUUAGCACCUGAGCAGCUUCUGCGGCAAAACGCUACAGAAGUUGUUCGACAGGCUGACCAGCUGACUGAUGGGGUGUUGGAGCAUCUCCUGAGAGAUUCGGUGUGCCGUCUCGAUGCGCUACCAGAUAAGCGCGCGAAGAGUGGGGAGCACAAGACGUGCCGUGCGCCUGCACAAGACUGGCGCCCCCAAAGAGAGGAACGUGAAAAAGAAGACGUGCUACACCACGAUGUCCGGACAGAGAGCUUGGGUCAGCUUGUGCAGAAGGCUGAAGACAGGCUGGAGAUGCUGGAGCAGGAGCUGAGGCUGACGUAUCUUCACGGGCAGGAGCAGUCGGCCGCCCGACGGGGCUCCACGCAGGAGGCUCGCCAUGUGCCAGCAAGCCGCCAGGAUUCGGAGGAGGAGGAGGGCUGGAGACCUGCUUCGCUGCCUGCAAAGCGACUCCAGGAGCUAGAGAGAUAUCGUGCCCGCUUUGCGAGGCAUUGCUUGGCCGCCCGGGAGGCAGGGAUCCAAAGCGGUCCUGGCACUCGCACGGCCACAUGGGUGAUAUGGCCAUUCUUGGCGGAUAGCAUCGUCAUGGCUGCGGUGGAGUCGGCCAUUGAGGAGGUGGACGCCGCCAUGGAUGGAUACGUGAGUGGCUUGAUUGAGCUGGAAAUUGGGGACAAUGCAGAUGGGGAGGAUACAGCCACUGCGCAUGUGUGA